AUGAAGAAGGGGGAGAAAAAAAAAAAAAAAACGUCAAAUAAAGGAAAGGAAAAAGAACAGGAUAAAAAAGUUAUAGGAAAAAAUAAUAAAGGUAAGGAUAAAGAAAAGUAUAAAAAUAAAGAUAGAGAGAAAUAUAAAAAUAAAGAAGAAAAAAAUCAAGAUAAAGUAAGAAGUAAUGACAACAGGACUAGUCAUAAUAAUAAUAAUGAAAUAUUUAAUCCUCAAUUAAGCGCAAGGGAACUAAAGAAAAUACAAUACUAUGAGAAUAUGUUUAAACGUAUGGAACAACAAGUAGAAGAAAAUAAUAUGGACUCACAUGUAAAUAAUAAUAAUAAUAAUAAUAAUAAUAAUAAUGAGAAGAAGAAAAAAAUAAACCAAUUAAAAAAAAGUAAUAAAAAGGAACAAGAAGAUUAUGAAGAAAAGAAAAAUGAUGAGAAUGAAUAUAACAAGAAAGGGAUGCAAAGAAAUGAAGAUAGUCAUACAAAUGAUGUUCAUAUGAAUGAUGUUCAUAUGAAUGAUGUUCAUAUGAAUGAUUCCCAUAUAAAUAAUAGUAAUUAUAAAUAUAUUAAAAAUGAUGAAUCAUUAUGUAAUAAAAGUAGUUCAUCUAUCCAGAAUGUAGAAGGCACAAAGAAAAGAGAAACUAAUAUAAAAUCUAAAAAAUUAAAUGUUGUAAAAAGUGUAGAUGAGACCCAUGAAGAUAUUUAUAAUGUUGUAAAUAAUAAUAAAAGGAACGAAGAAAUAUAUAUAGAAAAAAACAUUAUGUGUAGUGACAAAAAUAUAAAUGAGAAAAUAAAUGAGGAAGAUAAUAAAAAUGAUAAUGAGGAGGAAAAAAAUGAUCAUCGUUUAAGUGACCUAGGAAAUGUAGACAAAAAGGAUGAAUUAUUACUUGAGGAUAAUAAAGAUAUAUUAAUUAAAAAUAUAAUUUAUGACAAGGGAAAUAUAUUAAAAGAACAAAAUGAUAUGAUGAAAAAAGAAAUAUGUUAUGAUGAUUUUAAUAGGAAUAUAUUUCAUAGUAAUGAUAUAGAACAUAUAAAUAAAAUAAAAGAAGAAGAAUUUACAAAUAAGAAUAUAUAUAAAAGAUUAUAUUAUGACAAUAGAAUCAAGGAUACAUGUAAAUAUGAGUAUAAUAUUUAUAAUAAUAAAUAUAUUGAAUUAAAGAAAAGUCAUAAAAAAUAUGGUUUAACAAAUCAGAGGCUUAUAAUUAAUUAUGAAAGAGGAUAUUGUUCAGACAAUGUAAUAAAUUAUAAUAAUAUAAAUAAAGUAAUAUAUAAAAUAUAUAAUAAUAAAAAAAAAAAUAUAUACAUACAUAAUAAUAAUAAUAGUAAUAAAUAUAAUAAAUAUAAUAAAAAAACAUUAAAUUUUAAGAGAAGUUUUUCUAUAAGUUCAAAUAUUGGAGAUUAUUUUUAUGAUAUAAGUAUGGUGCAUCUAAAAAAUAAUUGUGAAUCUAGUCCUAGUUCAUCAAGUAGUAGUAUGCAUGAUAUAACAUAUCAUAAAAACUUAUUUGAGGAUGAUAAAAUAAGCAUAGUUAAAUAUUUUAUGAAUUAUAGUGAUGAUGAUAAUAAGAAUACAUAUCAAGAUUAUUUAGUACAAGAAAAUAAUAUAAAUAAUAAUGUACAUAAUAAUGGAGUAGUGAGAGAUAUUAGUGAGAUAGGAAAUGAUAAAAAUAAGAAAAAUGAAAAUACAUAUAUGAACGAAUUAAAUAAUUUGAAAUAUAUAAAAAAUGAUAUAUAUUCUACAAAAAAUUAUAUAAACAAAACAAAUCAAUUAUUAAAAUUAUAUUCGAAUGAUAAACUGAAUGUUCUACAAUAUUAUGAUGAAAAAUUUAAAGAAAGAAAAAACAAUGAAAACGAUGGUAGUGAAUAUGCUCAAAAAUCUUCUAUCGAUGAAGUUCAUAAUAUUCAUUAUGAAUCUAAAAUGUAUAAUGUGAACUUUUGUAUUAAAAAAUAUUUACGUAAUAUGAAAUAUGUAAACUUGAAAAGAUUAAAGACAAUAAAUGAAAAAAAUUGUAAGCUAUAUGUAAAGGGUUGUACCCACUUUUUAAAUUUAAACAAAUUUAAUGAUGCCCUGUCUUGUCUUAGUAAACUACAAAACCUGAAAGGGAAAAAGAAAAAAAAAAAGGAAAAGCAAAAAAAAACGUAA